AUGACGGGCAAAGUUCGACGAGGAAAAGACGGACAAGGACCGGUGGCGUGCAACACGCGUGUUGGCUGGGUUCUCUCUGGUAGCACGGAUUGUGGAUUUCUAGAAGCUCAGAUGAACCUGGCCACUUCUCACACGCUCAGAGUGGAAACGAAAACGGUACAGGAAGACAAACAGGAUGCCCUCAACAAGUUCUGGAACUUAGAGUCAUUGGAGAUUUGCGAAGAAGAUGAAUCGGUGCGUGAUCGUCUGCUAGAGUCGGCCAGAUUCCGGGACGGCCGUUAUGAAGUAAAACUCCCGUGGAAGGACUAUCACGAACCACUAACGGACAACUUCCAGCUGGCCAAGAAACGGCUCAGCUCUCUCCUACAUCGGCUGAAGCCAGAUCCAGAAACAGCGGAAGAGUAUGAUAGGAUCAUAAGGGAGCAGAUUCACGCAGGCAUCACUGAAGAAGUUGACGGCACAGCCGAGGGCACGGCCGGAAUGGAUCGCAUUCAUUACCUGCCUCACCAUCCGAUUGUGAAAAGGGAGAAAACCACAACCAAGGUUCGGGUUGUGUAUGACGCCUCAGUAAGCAGCCACGGACCGUCCCUGAACAGCUGA